UAACCUUCUUUCUGCUUCAAUCUAUCUUUUCUAUUCUCCGCGAGGUGUCGAUUUUUUGGGGCUCUUGUUAUUUUCUUUUUCGACCUGUUACAUGUUUUGCAUUCAGUCUACUUUCAUUCGUAUUAGAUCAUCCUUGCUUAAAUUCGAUAAAUCUAAGCAGAUUUUAUUUAUAUGAUGUUGGUUAUUGAAGAAACAAAAAGUAAGAAUGACUGACAAAAUUUAUUCUGUAUUUCCUUUUCCUUUGCCUUGUGGGUUAGUGUGGUUUUGCUUACAUAACGAGGAAGCAACAGCUUGAAUAUUAAUGAAUUUAAUCGUAACAAGUUCAGUGCAGACUUAUAUUUAUUCGUUCUCGGUCGCUUGAUCAUGAAUGCUUGGAUUCCCAAGUUUCUCUCAUUUCUCUGCUUUUAUACUUUUGUCAGAUUCUGAGCAGUAUACUUUUAUACUUCGAUUGUUAUUAAUAGAUGUUCUGGAUAUAUCUGCUUACUAGUGAUAGGAUUUAGAUUGAUGUAAAUUGGAACUAUUGUGAGGCCUUCCAUUUUACUUGCACUUGAGUCAAAUUUUGGAAUUUUUCCCCGUUUCUCAUUCUCUUAUAUGUAAUCUUAUGAACUUGUUUGCCUGCUUAAAGUUCAACUUAAGAAUAGCAUGCUUAACAAUUUUUUUCCUAUACUGAUACUGCUAUGUGAUUUUUUCUCUUCCUUGAUCUGUUCAUCGAAUUUCAUAUUCUGCAAUGUAAUUACUGCCACUGAAUUUGCAACUGAAAAUUUAUCAUUUCAGUGAGGAUAACUACAAAAUUUAAAAAAAAAAUGAAUUAAUUGAAAUGAAAUUAACCUGUGUUCGGUGCAAAACCUUAAUGAACCUCAAACCGUUAAUUGAAAAGCAUUAUAGUAUAUAUGACAGUACCUAGGCGAUAUUCACUGGGUUUUCUUGUUUGAUCCUGCAUCUUUUCCCCUAGAAAUUUUACUUAUGCAAUUGUCCUCCUUAUUUGUACUACAUGAGGAAUGCAUGGUAUAUUAGCUGAUAUAGGAGGCAGAGUUUUGCACCCAUCUUUAUGAAUUUGAUAAAAGAGGCCGCAAGAUAAUAAAGAAUUCAUGAAAGAUAGUAAAAAGCUCUUAAAUUGAGUCUUAGUAUCAUAACUCUCUUUUCUCAACCUGUUCUACCUUCUGACUUGGUCCAACAUAGAUGCACUCAAAGUCCUGGAAGCCCAUAAUUAUGCUGUUUAUAUGCUGAAUUAUAGAUAUCAGCUCAAUUCAUUCACAUAAGCCAAUUCCAUACUAUUUUAAAAUCUAUUAGCUAGUUAUUUUCCAUGAAAUAGACAUGGCCUUAAUGCGUGUCAUAUUUUACUCGUUAUUUAUUUGAAGGUGGAUCUUUUGUGUUUGUGUGUCUAUGUUCUUUGUAUACAAAAGGUGGGGAUGGUUAUUUCUAUUUCUUUAGUCAAUUUAUGCUGAUUUUGGUCACUUGCCAACUCUAACCUUCUUAUCAACAAAAUUAAACCACGUUUAAAGAGCAAACUGUUGUUAAUGAGGCAGACUUUGAAUUUGUGUAUUAUGAUUCAAAAUGGUUGAGCCUGACCCCAAUACAACAGUGGAUUAAGGAUUGUGACGAACAAUUUUUUUGGGGACAUCUAACCUCUUCACUUAAUAUCUUAUAAAUUUCAACUUAAUAUUGUAUAAAUUUCACUUCACUUAAUCUUGUACAAAUUUUAAGUGCAUUUUGUAUUAGGAUAUCCAAAAUCAAGGGUUAAUAUUGUUUUUUUUUUUUUUGAAAAAAACUCAAUUAUCGUGACAGUUGUGCAAUAGAACUGUCUCCCUGGAGACAGUUGUGCAAUGGGAUUGCAGCCAUAAUUCACCUAUUAUGGCGACAAGUCUUUUAUCAAUUGUUGUGAAAAUUAAUCAUUACUACUACAAUUUUCCCUACUACACCCCAUAUGGUGUUAUGAAAAUGUAAAUUUAAUUGUCCUGAAAAUUAGUAUUUGAGCUAGUGCUUCUAGAAGGAUUUUCAUAUGAAGAGGCAGUGAAGAAGAGCAAGCAUUUGCCUUUGCCCCAGUGGGUUUGAAGUGGCAAGCCCAAGGAUUGUUGAGGCUAUUUGUGCAGAGUGUGUGGCUAUCAUAUUCUCACAGCAGUAUGUUCGGUCCAUUCAGUGAUGUUCUGAACUGGGAUUCCUUCUCUGUACGGAUCUCAGUGAGUGAAAUCCCAAGACUUAAGCAAGUCUUGAUGGGCAUCUCUCAUGAACAAGUCAACCCAAGACCUUUCUGGCUUUCUUCUUCUCCUAUGAGGCAUGGAUGGAGUGAAGUUACUGGGAUUUUGGGCAAGUCCGUUUGCUUACAAGGCAAUAUGAGGUUUGAAGCUGAAAGGGGUGAAGUAUGAAUACAUUGAAGAAGACCUUUCAAGCAAGAAUGAACUGCUUUUGAAGUCCAAUCCAGUGCACAAGAAAGUACCUGUGAUUUUGUAUGGUGAAAAAGCCAUUUGUGAGUCCUCCGUCCUCCUUGAAUAUAUCGAAGAAGUCUGGCCGCACAAUCCCCAUUCCCCAAAGAUGCUUAUGAAAGAGCGUUAUCUCGGUUCUGGAUGAAGAGUAUAUCAUAUAAGGUUUGACGUUUGAAGUAAUGAUUUGAGGUGAUGAUUCUUCAACAAACAUAGCAUCUAAUAAUGAACAACAGCCAUGGAUGCUUUUCCCAGUGGGAAUCCAGUCCUUAUGGAGGGGUUUUAUUUCUAUUUUAGUUAUGCAGGGUUGUAGGCUGUUGGAAGGGAAAAAGUGUAAUUAUCUAAUUUCCUAGUUAUCUAAUAGUGAUGAUAUUAUACAUGAAUACCAAUGAAUGAAGGGAUUGCACCCACUCAUUCGAAGCUCAGUUAUUAGUUUGCUUCAGGUUGCUGCAACCCAUUGUCAAGCAAUCAAGCUAGGAACCAUUGUAGAUGUUUAUACCACUAAUAAUAUUAUAAAUGGCUAUACAAGAGGCAAAGAAUUGUGUCUGGCUCAGAGCCUAUUCAACGAAACAUUCUACAGAGACAUUGUGUCAUGGAAUACGAUGAUUACUGGUUACAUUAACUCGGGUGACCUUGAAAUUGCAUGGGCAAUGUUCAAAACCAUGAGAAGAUGUGGAUUUGAAUUUGAUGGGCAUACAUUUGGAAGUAUGUUGAAGGGGAUUGCCAGUUACCAAGAGUUUGAGCUUGGGCAACAAAUACAUUCAAUGAUCUUAAAAACGGGAUUUUCAGAGAACAUAUUUUCAGGUAGUGCCCUUUUGAACAUGUACGCUAAGUGUGGGAGACUUGAGGAUGCUUAUACUAUGAUUCAGUACAUGCCACAACCUAACUAUGUGUCUUGGAAUUCACUCAUUGCUUGUUAUGCCCAAGCUGGUGAUCAUAUCAUGGCAUUUUGGCUACUUAAAUGUAUGGAACAAGACGGUGUGAGUCUUGAUGAUGGCACAAUAUCUCCACUUUUAACAUUGCUUGAUGAUUCUGAAUUAUAUGGGUUGGCAAUGCAGUUACAUUGCAAAAUUGUAAAACAUGGACUGGAAUUGGUUAACACUGUCUACAACGCCACUAUCACAGCGUAUUCAAAGUGUGGCUCUCUACAAGAUGUUGAAAGAUUGUUUAAUUGUGCUGUUGGAUUUCGAGAUCUUGUCACAUGGAAUUCUAUGCUUGCUGCUUACUUAUUGCAUGAAAGAGAAGAUCUUGCUUUUAAAAUCUUCAUUGACAUGCAAUUUCUUGGGUUUGAACCAGACAUUUAUACUUACACUAGUAUUAUUAGUGCUUGUUCCUCGCAAAUGCAUAAAAGCCCUGGAAAAUCCUUACAUGGUUUGGUAAUAAAAAGGGGACUUGAAAAUUUAGUCCCUGUUUCUAAUGCUUUGAUCAACAUGUAUAUGAAACUAAAUAAUAGGUGCAUGGAAGAUGCAUUAAAAAUUUUCCUUUCCAUGGAAUCCAAAGAUUGUAUUACUUGGAACUCCAUUUUGACAGGAUACUCCCAAGUUGGUCUAAGCGAAGAUGCCUUGAAGUUAUUUGUACAGAUGAGAUCUCUGGCUGUAGAAAUUGACCAGUAUACUCUUCCGGCUGUCAUCAGAUCAUGCUCGGAUUUAGCAACACUACAGUUGGGUCAACAGCUUCACAUCCUGACAAUUAAAGUAGGGUUUGAGUCCAAUGAAUAUGUUGUUAGUUCAUUGAUCUUCAUGUACUCCAAAUGUGGGAUCAUUGAAGACGCUGGGAAAUCCUUUGAAGCAACUUCUAAAGAUAACGCGAUUGUUUGGAAUUCUAUCAUCUUUGGUUAUGCACAACAUGGGCAAGGAAAUAUUGCACUUGACCUUUUCAACAUGAUGAGAAACAGAAAGGUGAAACCUGACCAUAUAACCUUUGUUGCAGUUCUAACAGCAUGUAGCCACACUGGUCUAGUUGAAGAAGGAAGCAAAUUUCUAGCGUCAAUGGAGUUUGAUUUUGGGAUUCCACCACGAAUGGAGCACUAUGCUUGUGCAAUUGAUCUCUAUGGCCGAGCGGGGUGUCUAGAGAAGGCUAUAGCUUUGGUUGAAACAAUGCCUUUUGAACCUGAAGCAAUGGUUUGGAAGACUUUAUUAGGUGCUUGUAGAACUUUUGGUGAUAUUGAUUUAGCUAGUCAGAUAGCAAGUUGUUUGUUUGAUUUGGAGCCUGAGGAUCAUUGCACAUAUGUUAUACUUUCUGACAUGUAUGGCCGUCUUAAGAUGUGGGAUGAAAAGGCUAGUAUAACAAAGCUGAUGCGAGAAAGGAGAGUGAAGAAGGUUCCUGGUUGGAGUUGGAUAGAAGUGAAAAAUGAAGUGCACGCUUUCAAUGCUGAAGAUCACUCCCACCCCCAAUGGAAAGAGAUAUACUUUCUGUUACAAAGACUAAUGGAGGAAAUCAAAAUGUUGGGCAGUGUUUCCAAUCAAAUUCUGUUGCCACAAUAUUUGGAUCAUCUAGAUGAUUGCUGUAUCGGAAGCUCUGAUGAAUCUUCGAGUUUGUUUGAUCAUCCUCUUUCUCCAUUGCCUUCUCCCUUUCACACUAAUCUUAAAGAGAGCAUUGAGAAUCAAUGUCGUGAAAAUAACAGAGAAAGUGGAUAGAAAACUAGAGAGGCUUGAAGGUGAGCUUGCCACAGCUAGAGAUCUGAUAAGAGAAGCCAUAAAUUCUUGGCCUAACCUAACGACACUUAAGAACUUCAAGAUUCAUAUUAUGUUCCACAAGGAAACAUUUACAGAAAAGCCUAUGCUUUUCUCAGGCACGCUGAACUUUAUAUAUAUAUAUAUAUAUAUAUAUUGAU